AUUUAUCCUGGCCCUUUUAGACGUGAAGUUACUCAGUUUUGGGACAACUGUAUUGAGGGAUGCAUACGCUGCAUUUAAAAUUACAUGCAAACCACAAUCGAAACCAUUCAACUGUCUUUGGCAUCGUGUGGCUUUAAAACGGAAAUUUUUGUAUUGGUAUUUCUCCAAGUGAUUUUGCAAGUUAAGUAGAAUCUGAUUUUUUUUGACGGGGUAAUCAGUGAUGCUCUAGUGAGCGUGAAGUGUGAAUCACCCGUGCGGCACGUUUGGAUAACCCAGGAGUUCCUCGCAAGGUUGGGUGCGGAAUUCGAUGGAGGCUCAUAUGGUAAUCGCAAGACGCACCCAUUAUGAACGCCCCCCGUAUGAACGCACACGUUUUCUUCCUCACCUCCAGCUCUCCGUCAUGAAGUGAUAUCGAAAAUGCGUGGGCACUCCAUCGAUGUCCAACCGGUUUCCGCUGCUCAAGAGGCAAACGCGCCUUGCAGAGGGCGUACACUUGGUGAUGGACGCAGCGAAUCGACGCCCUUCAUUCGCUUGUCUAUCAGUUUAAAAAGUCCAUAUCCUCGCCAGCCUGGUGGUUCUCAAUAAAUCAUGACCCCAAACCUCCCCACCUGACUCAAACUUAAUUCCGCCUCUCCCAUUGGGACGUGCACUCCCUCCAUACAUUGUUCAGCGAGGAAAAUUCCGAGGAAAAUUGUUUCCAAUUUUUCAGCAUCGCGGUGCUCUUAACGUUAUUGAGUUGAAUCCACCAAGACAAAGCAGUAUUCUAUAAAUUUUUCGCGCGGGAUCCAUAUCAUCAGCAUCGAUCUGAUAAGCUGCGUGUCAAAGCAUCUAUUGCUCACCACUUCAAAAGUUGGAGGAACGUUACCCGUUCGGAUUAAAUUUUGAUUUUUUGUGGCCUCCGUAUCUUAGCAUCCCAUAACUCCUGAAGCUCUGUAGUUUUUCCUACCUUGUCUAGUGCUCUCGUUUUUCUCUAAAUGAUCGGGCUGAUGAUGAUUUCGCUCCAGUUCGCAUAUCGUCUAACCUGCUCAACCGAGGGAACAUAACCCUCUAAAUGUUUAGUUUUGUGCGUCGUGGUUUGCUUAAAAAUUAAAAUCAGUUGGAUUUUACAGUGCCCCCCUUGAAUUACCUCUAUUAUCUGAGAGCCCUCUUCUAGUGGUGGGUGAGGUACGCCUCAGUAACCUUAAUUGGUAGCGGUUCAAAGUAUGAUUCAACUCGUGGCAGUGGCGAGACAAGUGCCGACUAUAGUUCGGCCAGUGCCCGUGUGAGUGCGUUGCAAGUCAAAGGGAUCAUGAUUCGCGGAGGUCGACGGGUGGAGGAGUGCUCGCUAUAUGCUGUCAUUUUGAGUCUUCUCGUCUACGAAACAGGUUCAUUCUACGUCGGCGGCGGAAGCGGGUCUCAAGGAGCCCCUAAUUCACUGGGGGGCUUCCCGACGUCUUCAGCACCCGGGGGCCGUUUGGACCCCUACUUCGACCCAUUAACGCCACACAACGUCACCGCCUUAAUGGGCCAGUCCGCCUUCCUCAGUUGCAGAGUUCGGAAUCUCGGCAACAAAACGGUCUCGUGGAUAAGGCAUAGAGACAUCCACAUCUUGAGUGUGGGGCGAAACACGUAUACGAGUGAUCAGAGGUUCCAAGCCAUCCAUCAUCCAGAAUACGAUGAGUGGACGCUGGUCAUCAAAUGGGCGCAACUCCGGGAUGCCGGCAUGUACGAGUGCCAGAUCAGCACGCAACCGGUUCUUAGUUAUUUUGUCAACUUGAACGUUGUCGAGGACAAUAACUACGCUGGGGAUGACCAUCAUACGUACAAAAAUAAAAUCUUUCAAGUUCCGACAGCGAGCAUAAUAGGGGGCCCAGAUUUAUACGUCGAUAAAGGGAGCACAAUAAAUCUGACAUGUACAAUUAGAUACAGCCCAGAACCUCCUCAAUACAUCCACUGGUACCAUCAUGAUGAGGUCAUCAGUUACAAUUCGGUGCGAGGGGGUAUUAGUGUAAUUACGGAGAAGGGCGAAGUCACAACGAGUUAUCUUCUCAUCCAGAACGCUGACCUCUCGGACACGGGUAAUUACUCCUGCUGUCCAUCCAAUGCUGACGGCGCUAGCGUCAAGGUCCACGUACUCAACGGCGAGCGGCCAGCAGCGAUGCAGACUGGCUCUGCGGGCCUCUCGAACAGCUCAAUGAACAUCGUGGCGUUGAUGCUCCUCUGUUGGAUCUACUCCGAGGUCCUAGAACGAGUUCAACUUAACUCGUGCCAUCACAUAAGAUAAUAAACGUCGUCCUUUCUUCCGUUUCUCCAAGGUUAACUCAAUUUUUUCACUCCGGCUUUUCGUACCGUUCAUAUUCGAGCAAAUCGAGUCCUUGUCGGUCGCCGCUCAACCCUCUUGCGCAA